GCGGAAAUAAACAACCAGCGCUAGCAGUGUUAGAUACGUCCGUGCAGUGAAUGAGCCCGGACUCGAUAUUGUGGUGAAAGCGCAGCUUGAAUUUCAUAUAACCAACAAUGUCUUCAGUUGAGUGUUUGAGAGAGUUUGUCAACGAGCGACUAACAGCUGCUGCUGAAGAAAUAUUCAGAGUUUUUAAACAAACUAUCGUCGAGUACGAGGAAGAGAUCGACCGUCAGCGCAAACUGCUGGACAUCGUUUGGAAACCUGAAAUAAAGCUACACAGGAUAGAGCUCCCUCAGCAACAUGUCUGUAUGGAGGAGGAGUUUCUGGCUGAGCAGCAGCUCUUAAACCAGGAGAGGAACUCCAGUCUGGACCAAGAGGACCCAGAGCCUCCACAGAUUAAAGAGGAACAGCAGGAACUGUGCAUCAGUCAUGAAGGAGAGCCGCUUGAACUGAAGCUGGAGACUGAUGCCUUUAUGUUGACUCCUGCUGAUGAGGACAGUGUCCACAGUGAACCAGAACUAAAAAGUGACCACCAGCUGCUCUCUGACAACUCUCAUGUAGCUGAGAGUCAGGACCAGAGAGGAGGCAAGCAUGGAGACUCAAGAUCAACCAGAUAUGCGAAGCCAGAACCAACGAAGAGACUUGACAACAGUCAAAGUCACAGUUACAACAAGAAGAACUUCAAGUUGUCAGGGAUUCGACAGAGUACUCUUAAAGGAAAGAAGUCUUUCAGAUGUGAAAUUUGUGGGAGAGGUUUUAAGCAGAGGUUGCCUUGGCAGAGACACCUGCGCAUUCACACUCUUGGGAGAACAUAUGCUUGCAAAGCAUGUGGGAAAAGUUUUACAAAAAGCUUUAAUUUGAAAGUCCACAUGAGAAUUCAUACGGGGGAGAAGCCGUAUUCAUGCGAAAUAUGUGGAGAAGACUUCCGAUAUGGCAGCGCAUUAAAAGUUCACAUGAGAGUUCACACAGAGCUCCCACAGCAGCAUGUCUGUAAGGAGGAGGAGGUUCUCACUGAGCAGCAGCCUCCACAGAUCAAAGAGGAACAGGAGGAACUGUGCACCAGUCAGGAGGGAGAGCCGCUUGAACUGAAGCUGGAGACUGAUGCCUUUAUGUUGACUCCUGCAGAUGAGGACAGUGUCCACAGUGAACCAGAACUAAAAAGUGACCACCAGCUGCUCUCUGACAACUCUCAUGUAGCUGAGAGUCAGGACCAGAGAGGAGGCAAGCAUGGAGACUCAGGAUCAACUAGAGAUGCAGAGCCAGAACCAACGAAGAGACCUGACAGCAGUGAACGUCACAGUUACAACAAGAACAACUUCAAGUUGUCGGGGAUUCGACAGAGUGCUUUUAAAGAAAAUAAGUCUUUCAGAUGUGAAAUUUGUGGGAGAGGUUUUAAGCAGAGGUUGCCUUGGCAGAGACACCUGCGCAUUCACACUCUUGGGAGAACAUAUGCUUGCAAAGCAUGUGGGAAAAGUUUUACAAAAAGCUUUAAUUUGAAAGUCCACAUGAGAAUUCAUACGGGGGAGAAGCCGUAUUCAUGCGAAAUAUGUGGAGAAGACUUCCGAUAUGGCAGCGCAUUAAAAGUUCACAUGAGAGUUCACACAGAGCUCCCACAGCAGCAUGUCUGUAAGGAGGAGGAGGUUCUCACUGAGCAGCAGCUCUUAAACCAGGAGAGGAACUCCAGUCUGGACCAAGAGGACCCAGAGCCUCCACAGAUUAAAGAGGAACAGCAGGAACUGUGCAUCAGUCAUGAAGGAGAGCCGCUUGAACUGAAGCUGGAGACUGAUGCCUUUAUGUUGACUCCUGCUGAUGAGGACAGUGUCCACAGUGAACCAGAACUACAAAGUGACCACCAGCUGCUCUCUGACAACUCUCAUGUAGCUGAGAGUCAGGACCAGAGAGGAGGCAAGCAUGGAGACUCAGGAUCAACUAGAGAUGCAGAGCCAGAACCAACGAAGAGACCUGACAGCAGUGAAAGUCACAGUGACAACGAGAACAACUUCAACUUGUCAGAGAUUCAACAGAGUACACUUACAGACAAGAAGUCUUUCAGAUGUGACAGUUGUGGAAAAUAUUUUAAGCAGAGGUUGCCAUGGCAGAGACACCUGCGCAUUCACACUUGUCAGAGAACAUUUGCUUGCAAAAUAUGUGGGGGAGUUUUUACAAAAAGCUUUAAUUUGAAAGUCCACAUGAGAAUUCACACGGGAGAGAAGCCGUAUUCAUGCAAAACAUGUGGAAAAGAGUUCCAAACUAGUAGUGCAGUGAAAGUUCACAUGAGAGUUCACACAGGUGAGAAACCAUAUCCUUGUGAAAUAUGUGGGAAAGGUUGUACAUCCAGUAGUCAAUUGUUGAUGCACACGAGAAUUCACACAGGGGAGAAGCCAUAUACAUGCAAGACAUGCGGAAAAGACUUCCGAUAUGGCAGUGCAUUGAAAGUUCAUAUGAGAGUUCACACAGGUGAGAAACCAUAUUCUUGUAAAAUAUGUGGGAGAGGGUUUGUAUCCAGCAGUCACUUGCUGAUGCACAUGAGAAUCCACACAGGCGAGAAGCCGUAUACAUGCAAAACAUGUGGGAGAAGUUUUGCACAAAAUGGCAGUUUGAAAAGCCACAUGAGAAGACACACAGGGGAGAAGCCAUAUUCGUGCAAAUUAUGUGGAAAAGAUUUCCAAUCCAGCAGUGCGUUGAAAGUUCACACAAGAUCUCACUCAGGGGAAAAGCCGUACAUUUGUAACACAUGUGGGAGAGGCUUCACACAAAGCUUCAAUUUGAAAUUCCACAUGACAACCCAUUUAAGUUAGAAGAGGUACCUUUGUAAAGUCUGUGGGAAAAGGCCAGCUUCGUUUGGCAAGGCAUAUGAGAUCACAUACAGGCAGGUUGUUUUGUGUCGGCAGACCAUGUUGGAGAGGACUGAAUUCUAGUGGUCUGUGGUCAAAACACAGCAGGAAUCACUGAUCAGACUGCUCACUGUUUGGUGGCAGUUCAUUUUUAAGAAUAGCAUGGAGAAUGUUACUGACAGACAGUUGCAACGACGCGAUUAAUCAACUGUUAUAAUAAUCAAGAAACUGUUUCGGUUAUUUGUUUGGGGGGACAACACAAGGUGUGAGAACAUGUUUGUGGGCUUCAGGAAACACUGAUCAACAUUUUUCACCAUUUUCUGACAUUUUAUAGACCAAAAACUGGUUGAUAAAUUGUGAAAAUAGUCGACAAAUGAAUCAACUAUCAGAAUUAUUGUUAUCACCUCCGCUUCACUUCACUUGGUGCAUUUUUGUAUUGACAUAUUGUAUAUUAACUUAUAUUUGAGCAAUAUGUCUCAGAACAGUCACAGUCUUAAAACUCUAUGUCUCACACUGUGCUGUCUGUCAAACUGCUGGUGAGAUGUGGAUGACAGAUUGUGUAGAUAAGAACAUUUUCCAAAUGUCAUAAAUGAUCAUUUUUUUUAACAGA